UAUCUGGAGGCUUCUUUCAUCUUGUGGAAGAAACCUGAUUCUCCCGUAUCAUCAUCAUUUUCGUCAUCAUUAUAAAAAGGAGGAGCUCGCGCUCAUUCACGCGCUCAAGAAGAACCAGACGAGUCAGUUCACGCGCGGAGCGACUCUUUAAAACACUCCACAGAGAUCAAACACAACACAGCACAGAGAUCAAACUUAGCGUAACAGCGUUACUAUUAAGAUUUACUUCUCUGUUUCAGGAUGUUUAGUUGUAUGUGAUGAUGUGAUGGGUCAGUCGGGUGUGUGGAAAUGUUUCACACAUGACCCCUGACCUCUACUGUUCGACCCAAUACAAGACACCAUGCCCCUGAUCCUGUAACUAUGAACGUACACAUGCACAACAGUCGGACGCCUCUUUACAGGCUGAAUGGCUAUGAGAACCCACACUCUGAAGACGAUCUACAGUUUCUUAGUCUUGAGGAACGGGAGUGUAUUUUGUUUUUUGAGAACACCAUUGGCUCUAUAGAGGAGGAGAUCGAGAACGAAGGAGUGGGAAUACCUGCACGUAACCACACACCUGCAGAGGUUCGUCCGCGCUCAUACACCACCCCGACCCUGAGAGACCAUGACAUCAUUGAUCUGGUGCACAGUGAACCCAGCAAGCAUACAAACGUCACGCCAGAUUUCCAAAGGCCUCCAGAGACUCAUUUUGAGAGGAAGUCCAAUCGUGAGCCCUUCAUAAACGUGUCAGCCCCAGUGUCAGAGGAAGGUGGACAUCAGCCCCCGCCUGGUUCUGUUCCCACCCCUGUCGUCAUCGCCAGUAAGAUUGCGGAGAACCAAGGUGCUAGCAGCGCUUCCACAUCCCCUUCAUUUCUGCUGCAGCACAGGCGCAGUCUCGAGCUUCCGGGGAGCCCUUCGGCCAAACACGGCCCUCCGACUCACGCCAAGCCUACGCAUCUCCCAGACAACAUCAGCGUUUUGCUCGGCAGCCGGGAAAACCUUUCCCACUCCAUCGCUGCGGAAGCCGUCGACGUGCAAGGGCGCAGGGCCCAAGUGCUAGCUAACCUCAGCGGUUCUGCACACCCUCUAGAGGGUGGAGAGCCAUCCUGCAUCCGUAACAUUCCCACGCGAAGCGUGUCUUUCCAACAACCGACAGCGGACAAAUCCAGGUUGGAGGCGCUCUCAAAGCUUGGACUAGCACAGAGGCGAACGCAAUCGGUCAUGCAGCCCUCUGCAAAAGACUUAAACAACAAAGACAACAGCGCCGCUAGGACAGCUCUCAGAAGUAACAGCACGCCGCCACAAACUUUCAAUAGUGUGAAUGAGCCAAGAAUUCCUAGAAGUGUCCCGGCCAGUAACCGCAACACCAGCAGCGCAUCUAAUAUUGCUGCUAAAGUCCACGGCAUGGACACCACAGAUCAUUCCAUGACCAAUAGCACCGCCGACAGACACGACAAGUUUGGCGAAACACCGGCACUAAAAAGCGCUGAGAUCACACACAGCGAUUUCAACAGUUUUGGUGGUAAGAGCAUCAGCUUAAACCCUACAACAUCUUUAAAGAGCGAGCAAGUCCCAAAUCACAACGCCACAGCGACUUCCUCACCUAAAUCAGAUGCUCAAGAAAUCCACCUCAAUAGCUUCGGUGGUUGGUCCCGAGUCAUGACGCCAUCUGUUGUGCACAGAGACGAUCCGAACCGUGGAUCCAGCAGCUAUAGCCGAACACCCCCCGACACAAGCCACAUGCAAAGCCCACCAAACAGUUAUGGAGCCAGAUCCAAGACCUUCUCGCAAGUAAAAGAGGUUACGAGCUCGCACCACGGAAGCAGGACAACAGAUGAAGACCCGCCUACAAGAGACGUGACAUCUUUACACCUCAGACCACCCUCUCAGACGGCUGCCAUCAGGCCCGCUAAACAGCCUCCCUCACCGGCACAGAGACCUCCGCGUCAGUCCACUCCUCUAAGCCCCACCAGGCCGAAACCCACUCCCCCGUCCCCAGAGCUCCGCCGCUCAUCUAUAUCGAAACCAUCCUUCCGCACCCAGGGGGUAACAGUCCAGUUUUCUGGGAAAGGAGCCACUGAUGAGGCUAGACGGGAUGCUCUACGCAGACUUGGGCUGCUCAAAGGGAGCCCUUAAAAGAUCACACCCAUAUACCCAGGUGUCAGUUGUUUAAAUGUUGAUCAUAUUAUUAGUUAUGGAAGGCCUAUAAAGGACAGACAUGCUUUUUGCCCCAUAAUAUCCCCCUGGAACCUAUUCCACUGGAAGAAAUCUUGCGUUGGAUUAAAGAAAACAUGCCACAAACACCGAUCUUUGAAAAGACUCACGUUAUCUGCAACUCUUCGGUUCCCUGGGAUCAAACCCACGUCCUUAGUGUUGUUGGUACCAAGCUCACCGACUUAAGCUACAGGAACAUUUGCAGAACUGUCUCUUUUGUUCUCGAUUUGAUGAGCUAUCAGCUUUGAAAGACAAACACGUUGGAGAUCCGUCCUUAGUGUGCAGCUUCCAAUUGUGUGGUUAUAGAAUCAUGGUUACCAAAUCCAGAAGUUAACAGUUAUAGCCCGGGUGGUUGUUUAUUGUGUUUCUCUUGUUUUAUGUGCCAUGUUGUGCCCAUAAGUUUCAAAAGACAAACAUGCCAUUUCUGUGUUGCUUGGUGGUAAAAGCAUGAUAAUGUGACCAAAGCUCUGGGGUUCUACCCCAAAUUGCUCACAUGCGCACAGGCAAGUAAGCCUACCCAUGGGAUAUGACCGCAGGGUGGAUUGUUUGGGUUGCAUCACCCUGCCUUUCGAAAGAUUGUUGCAGGGGCUAAACUAAUAUAAUACAAUACAAGGAAUUCUCACAGUGACGCUUUUAUCACAUACACUUACAAAUGUGUUUGUAGUGUUUUAGUCUUGUUAGUGUGUGAAGCUAGUAUGCAAAGUAUGCAUUUAGUUAACUUACUAAAGUUAGUUUCUUCAGUGUUUUAGUUUAGAUAGUAUGCAAAGUUUCUUUAAAGGUGCAGUGUGUAAAUUUUAGUGGCAUCUAGUGGAGAGGUUGCCAAUUGCAACCAACGGCUCAGUCCACUGCUCACCCCUCGCUUUUGAAACGCAUAGAGAAACUAUGGUAGCCGCCACCGGAAAAACAUGUCAUCAACGGAGACAUCUUGGUAAAAAAAAGUUUGUCCAUUAAGGGCUUCUGUAGAAAAAUGGCGGCACAAAAUGGCGACUUCCAUGUAAGGGGACCCUCGGUGUAUGUAGAUAAAAAAUUCUCGUUCUAAUGUAAUAAAAACAUAACGGCUCAUUAUAAAAAGUUUUUAUACACCCCUGAUAAUAUAGUUUUGUAUAUUAUUUAGCAUUUCUGUCAAGAGAUCCUUUUAAAAAUUACACAAUGCACCUUUAAUGACUUGCUUCCUAAAAUUAAUUUAUUUUAGUCUCACUAGUGUACAAAGCUAGUAUAUGCCAAUACUUUUAGAUACUUUCUAAAGCUUUACUGUUUAUAGUCUUUUUACUAAGCAAAGUUUUUACUAGCUCAGUUUCUUACAGUGCUUUUUAUGCCUUGCGUGUGAAAUAGUCUGUUUAAACACUUUGGGGUGUUUUCCCAGACAGGAUUAGCUUAAACCAGGACUAGGCCUUAGUUUAAUUAGGAAAUAUAACUAGUUUUAACAAACAUGCCUUGCUAAAAACAUUAUUUGUGUGCAUUUUAUGGCAAAACAAAGGCCACUGAUGUAUUUCAAGAUGUCAGUGCAAGAAGUUUUCAGUUUGGACAGCUCUUACAUUUAUUCUAAUUCCUGUCCGGGAAACCGCCCCUUGAUGGGUUAGUUGGUAAUUACUCAGCUUCUGGAAGUUUUAUGUAGUUUGGGUGAAUCUGGAUCAUGCUCAGGGAAUUUUCACAUAAGGAUUUGUACUCAUUAUGUAGCGUAUCAAAAAGAUUUGUGGCAACAGUGCUAUUAGAGUGCUGUUUUAUAUCUCUCUAUUUAUAAAAUAUUUACAUUGCAUCGUCUGUUAACAUGGAUGUAGUUUAUAAAUUUUAACCUGACCAAAUGUAAGUGGAGGAUUGUGAUGUAUUUAUUUUACUGAUGUAAUGUUAAAUUAUGGGGUGGGCACGGGAUGGAGUUUUUUUUGUACGACUACAGCACAGAUUGUAUGUUGUGUUUCUCUUCCAACAUUCCUCUGGCGUGGAGCACUGAAGAUCUCAUAAACUGAAUGCUAGUUUUAAAUUUAGUUCCUCCAACGCUAAACCACAAAGAUCCAAAUCUAGACAGAAAAACUGCUGUUGGCCGAGUCUGGAAACACAUGGAGCUAAAAAUCGCCAAAACCAUUCAUCAAAUCUAUUAACCUGUGUGUAAAAAAUCAAAGAGGUUUCUUGUGUGUGUGUGUGUAAUGUGGAUAUCAGUGAAUGAGUUAAGUGAAUGUAGUAUGGUAUGUUUGUGAUUUGUUGUUAAUGUUUUUUUUUUUUUGACUCCGGUUUUUUGCUUUGAAAUGAAGCAGUUAUUGAAGGAUACAGAGUGUGUGAUUGUGAACACCACAACACACACACACACACAAAGUAAAAACACACAUUUUCUUUUUAUCUCUUUGAACAUUUUUCUCCAUUUGUCAUAAUUCAGUAUCACUUUCUGAAUAAAGAUUUUAAACCAA